UAAACAGGAAACCCAGAGGAGGUCUGUCCGUACGAAAGACUGAGUUCUUUCACAUUCCAUGCAAGAGAGGGAUAAAAGAGCACAAGACGUCCACUAUAUUUUGUUAUGCUGCUUUGUUGUGAAGAAAGGUCUGCCUAAUUGCCACCAAUUUGCUGGCAAGCGGAACGUCUUGGUGCAUCAAGCCUUGUUUAAACCAAGAACAGAUCAGUUAUGGCCACUUGCUUAGUCCUUUUACGUCUUCUUUUCUCGCUUCUUGUUAUUUGGGGUUCAGCUGUCCAAAUCCAUGGCGUUGAACUUGGGAUUAACUAUGGUCAGAUUGCCAACGAUCUCCCAUCACCCACUCUAGCAGCUGUGCUGCUUCAAUCUCUCAACGUCCAUAGGGUAAAACUAUUUGAUGCUAAUCUCAAUGUCCUAAUUGCCUUUUCCAAUUCUAAUAUUGAGCUCAUUAUUGGACUUGGCAAUGAGGACAUUCAAAAAAUGACUGUUCCCACAGAAGCUGAAAAUUGGAUUCAACAGAAUGUUCAGCCCCAUAUCCCUCAAACCAAAAUCACUUGCAUCGCUGUCGGAAACGAGGUCUUCAGCAGUAAUGAUGCCCAGUUAAUGUUCAACCUUCUCCCAGCAAUGAAAAUGAUUCAUAACACUCUUGUGAAUCUUGGAUUAGAUAAACAAGUGAUGAUCACUACUCCACAUUCUUUUAACAUCUUGGAAAAUUCCUAUCCUCCUUCAUGUGGCACUUUUCGAGAAGAUCUUGCUGAAUACAUCAAGCCUUUAUUGAGUUUUCUUUCUCAAAUCAAGUCGCCUUUCUUUAUCAAUGCGUAUCCAUUUUUUGCAUACAAGGCUGACCCGACUCAGAUUUCUCUGGACUAUGUACUUUUCCAGCCUAACAAAGGGAUGAAAGAUCCAAAUACUAAUUUGCUUUAUGAUAACAUGUUGUAUGCUCAAGUAGAUGCCGUGUAUUCAGCAAUGAAAACAAUGGGGCACACGGAUAUUGAAGUUAAGAUUUCAGAAACAGGCUGGCCAUCGAAGGGUGACCCUGAUGAGGUGGGAUCAACACCAGAAAAUGCAAGGCUAUAUCAUAGUAAUUUGCUCAAAAGAAUUCAGGAGAAGCAAGGUACACCGGCAAGACCAUCAGUCCCGAUCGAAGCAUAUGUUUCCGCACUCUUUAACGAGGAUUUAAAAACUGGUCCAACAUCUGAAAGGAACUAUGGACUCUUCUAUCCUGAUUGUUCCCCAGUUUAUAAUAUUGGAUUGCAGGAUCAUUUUCCUACAAAUGGAGUAGUUUAUUCUUCAGCAGCAUCCAAUAUAAAUGCAUUGUCUGUCUUCAGCUUGCUCAUCUUUGUUAUGGCGUACGUAAUCCUUGCUUAAUUAGGACCAUUUCGGAGGAUGGGGGGAGAGAUCAACAACAAAAGCAUAUAUAAUGGUGGAUAACUAACAGCUAAUUACU